AAAAGAAGACUUUUCUACGGGGUGGAAAUGGCGCUUUUGAGUUGUUGAACUCUGGCGUGUAGAGUGGUUCAGAGGAUUUUAUCAGCUAAUAAGUGUGGAAAAGACUACACAUAUGGCCUCAGCCUUUAAAAACAGAUUAUGACAGGAACAGCAAGGAAUCGUAACACUGGUCAAGGAACACAGCCUCUCCGUGGACAGUGAACCAUGCAUAAUCUGAUUGCACACGUCACCAGCAGGCUGCUGCCUUUUCCAGGCGUGACGAUAGAUACCCUCAGUGAUAACGAAAUCACUCAAGUUUCUUUGCUACGUGGGAAGUUCACUGUUGGUCGCAGUGGGCUGGCUUGGCUAGCUCAUGGCCCUCAUUUGGAGGUGGUCCAUGCAGUGACAGGUGAACGAUUAUCUGCAUACUGCUUCAGCGGUGGAGCGGAGCACCCACCCAGUGUUACUGCUGCCAGAGAUUUCAGCUGGCUCAAACGGUCAGGAUUGCUGGUUGGCUUGGAGGAAGCAGAAGGCAGCGUGCUGUGUCUUUAUGACUUGGGGCUUUCAAGAGUGGUCAAAGCAGUGGCUAUACCAGGCAGGAUUACUGCCAUCGAGCCAUUGGUGAGUUAUGGCGGUGCAAGCACCUCCACCCAGCACCUUCACCAGAGCCUUCGCUGGUUCUUUGGUAUUGCCGCAGUAAUAACGGAUCUUGGUCACGUUCUACUUGUGGACCUCUGUCUUGAUGACCUCUCUUGCAGCCAAAGCGAGCUGGAGGCUUCAGACCUCCAGGUAAUCACAAAGUCUCCAGCGGACAUCCCCAGGCUUAGAGAAGUCACUAGCAGAGAGGGCAGGCACCUUUGCCUUCAGCUGAAGGGGCAUACUGAAAUUCAAGCCACUGCACUUCAGUACAUCUCCAGGACGAACCACUUAGCAGUCGGGUUCUCAGAUGGAUAUUUAGAGCUAUGGAACAUGAAGACUCUAAAGAAGGAGUACCAUUCUCAGUUAGAAGGUGGCAGGGUGCCUAUACAUGCCUUCACCUUCCAGGAGCCAGAAAAUGACCCUAGGAACUGUUGCUACCUCUGGGCUGUCCAGUCUGCUCAAGACCUUGAGGGUGAUGUACUGAGCCUCCACCUGCUUCAGCUGGCAUUUAGUGAAAGGAAGGUUCUCAUCUCUGGGAAGAUCAUGUAUGAGGGUCUAGAAUACUGUGAGGAACGCUACAGUCAGGAGUUAACUGGCACAGCUUUUCCUCUCAGGGCCCAGGCAAACAAUAUUCACCUGCUGAGUUGCCAGACGAUUGAGAAAUUUCGUCCUCAUCUUGACAGAGACGACAGCAUGAAUGAAGCGGCAUCUCCAGACACAAGUGUGUCCAUCUUCAGCUGGCAAGUGAAAGCUUAUGGUCAAGGAAGCCCUUCUACUUACAUUGGUGUUUUUGACAUAAACCGGUGGUACCACGCACAAAUGCCAGACUCAUUAAGAAUUGGGGAGUCUCUACAAAACUGUCCCUAUUUGGCUGUUUGGUCCCUGGAACCACUGGUACAGAUGGCAUCUUCCCAACUGCUGCUAGAUGUGUUGGUACAUGAGCGCAGUCUCAGCAGAGGGCUGCCCAUCUCUUGCCCUCCACCAGAGCAAUACUUUAACCCAACUACAUACAACUUUGAUGCUGCCUGUUUGCUAAACUCUGGAAUUCUGCAUUUAACAUGCUCUGGGUAUCAGAAAGAGUCAUUGAGCUUUUUGAAGAAAGCUGCGCCUUGUUCCAGUGAUGUCAUCUCAGCUAGCUACUCUCGCUGCCUCAUGUCCGGCCUGCUCACAUCUCGCCUGGCUGACAACCAGUCUUCGAGCAUUUCACAGGAGGAACAACUGGAUGCAAUCUUGUCCACAGCAGUGGAAACCAGCUCCUUGGGUCUGAUCACUGGCUGCAUUAAACAGUGGACUGCAGAGGAACAACCAGGGUCAGCACUGAAUCUGCGCUACAUCCUGGAUUGGGCUUGGAACAAAGUAGUCCACACAAAGGAGGAACUGGAUGGCAUUUGUGCACCGCUGUUUGACAGCUCAUCCAACUUUAUAGACCCUCAGACAAUGCAGCUGCUCCAGCACAGUCAGAGACUGCUGGGUAACUUGAGUACCAUCUUCCAUUGUCUGCUUACAGAGGCCCAGGAGCUGACUGAGAAAGGCCUGGUGGGUUUGAAGAACAGGGACAUGGUGUCCAGUCUGAUUUCCAAGUAUGCUCAGGUGGUCCUUUGGUUCUGUCGCACAGGCCUCCUACCUGAAGGAUCAGACGAAGACGCUCUGAAGAUCUCAAGACCCUUCUACACCCACUCAGUCAUCAGCAGCUACUAUGAUAUACGCAGAGAGGAGCUCACCAGGCUGGCAAAGGGUAGGUGGUGUGCAGACUGCCUGAUGAUCGAUGGUUUGGUUGGUGAGUGUGGGGAGCAUUUGUCAAACCUGUGGAAAAGGGAUGAAGGUGGCACAGGGCAGUACCCACCUCCAACAUUGCAUGCCUUGCUGGACAUUUAUCUACUGGACAACAUUGAAGAAUCUGCCAAACACGCAAUUGUGAUUUACCUGUUGCUGGAUGUUAUGUACUCCUUCCCUAAUAAAGAUGGAACAUCAGUGGAGUCUUUCCCCACAGCUUUUGCCAUCCCUGUUGGACUGGUGAAACUAGUACAGGGCCUGUGGCUAUUGGACCAUAAUGAUCACCAGCGUUCUUUUGAACUGCUCCUUCACCCAGCUGCGUCUCAGUGCCAGUUUGCGUGGCAGCAUUACCGAGUGUUGCAAGCACUGAUGUGCCAGGGCCAGCACUCAAGGGCACUAAGAUACUUUCACAUCACAAAGCCACCAGUUUCCUCAACCUCUCAGGCCAAACUCUGCCUCUCUGUAUUGCUGCACAACAGGUGUCUCAUAGAGGCAUGGUCCUUUCUUCGGCAGAACUCCAAUCAUCUCAACAUGGCAGAGCUGCUAAAUUUCUUAUAUGAGAGCUGCCAGGAGCUGAGCCUCAUUAAUGAACUUCUCAAACUGCCGCUGGGUGAACCUGAGCAGGAAUUCUUGGAGAAGUUCUUCCAGGGAUCCGGCGGUCUUCAAAACAGAGAACUCCUGAUGGUUCAUUACCUCCAACAGGCCAAAUACAUACCUGCCUUACAGCUGAACCACAGCCUCAAAAUGAACCUGGUGAAUGAACGUGACCCAAAGCUUAAAGAACGAUCCAGCACUAGGAACGCUAUAUUGGAUCAGUAUGGUAAAAUUUUACCCAGAAUCCAAAGAAAAUUGGCAGUGGAGAGAGCCAAACCCUACCAGCACCCUUACACCAUCCAUAAAGAAGUGCCUCGUCCAGUGCCACUCUCGACCAUUGCCAAGCGCUUCACCAGUGAGAAUGUCAUGACCAGAGCCCGUUUCAUCAACAAUGUACUGGCCAAGAUUGAGGAAGUGUGGUCAAACAAAGGUGCCACACCACAGUCUUCUCCAGCUGAGAGCUGCAAAGCAGCAGACAUUCAGAGUGCCAGCCCCAAGCCCUCUUCCAUGGGUGUUUCUGAUCCCUUCCUAGGAACUCCCAUCACCAUGUCUUCCAAACGAAAGUCAAGGCUGGUUGACGCUGUCAUUCCACCCUCAAGUCAGACCCCUCUGCCUUUCCUCAGCCCAGCCAGACCUCCCAGCUCCUGGAUUUCACCAAAGAGCAUCAACAAGGCCCCUGAGCUCAGUCUUCUGCAAACACCCCAAAUUGUCAAGCGGGCACGAGCUUUGGCUGCUUCAGGUCCAGGGUUUUCUGCUGUCACUCUGCAGUCCAUUCUUCGUAGCAGCUUGAGGCCCACACCUGUCGCUACUUCCGUCAGCUUCUCCAGGACGCUCCAUCACCCCUCCACUCUGCAGCAAAGACAGCCGGAUCACAUUCUUUAAAGAAACAGAAGUUUCUGAAUUUGAGAAGGGCAUUAGAUGGGCCAAUGGGAUGGCAGGAGACGGUGAGAUCAAUUUAAUGACUCUAUCUUCACCAUUAGCUAAGUCGAGAAGCAAGCCCUGGUCCACUCAGCCUGCAGAGGAGGUGGAGGAUGAAGAUGACAAAGAACAACUUCAUGUUAAGUUCUUGCCUC